CUAAAUACGGGUGAGCAGUGAGCACUAAUCAUUGACAAAUCAAAACCUAUAAGUCACUUGGUUCUGCUCCUGUUUACUUCUCCGUACUUCCACCCUUCCGCCCCCAACCGAACUCAAUUCAACGAUCUCUUUCAAAUCAUAUUCUCUCUACCCAUUUAAAUUAAUUAAAAAAUCCAUAUACUCUUUAAGGCCAAAUCAUGUUAUUUUCUUAUGGCCUUUCUCGGAUUUCAAUAAAUCCUAGAGCCUCCUUGUUGACUUGUCGUUGGCUUCUCUCGCAUCUGACUGGCUCCCUGAGCCCUUCCACUUCUUCACACUCUAUCAGAGACUCAGUUCAUAAGGUUUGGGGUUGCAGAGAAGCUUAUACGUGGAGUGUUCCUGCCUUGCAUGGUUUUAGACACCAAAUUCAUCACCAAAGCAGCUCCCUAAUUGAGGAUCAACUCGACCCAUUUUCCCUUGUUGCUGAUGAACUAUCACUUGUUGCUAACAGGCUGCGCUCCAUGGUAGUCACUGAGGUACCUAAGCUUGCCUCAGCAGCUGAGUAUUUCUUCAAAAUGGGAGUGGAGGGAAAGAGGUUUCGUCCCACGGUUUUAUUGUUGAUGGCAACAGCCUUGAAUGUGCAUGUACUUGAGCCACUUCCUGAAGGUGCAGGAGAUGCUUUGAUGACUGAGCUACGUACAAGACAACAAUGUAUAGCUGAGAUUACUGAGAUGAUCCAUGUAGCAAGCCUUCUUCACGAUGAUGUCUUGGAUGAUGCAGAUACAAGGCGUGGCAUUGGUUCGUUAAAUUUAGUAAUGGGGAAUAAGUUAGCUGUAUUAGCGGGAGAUUUUCUUCUAUCUCGCGCUUGUGUUGCCCUUGCUUCAUUGAAAAACACAGAGGUUGUAUCAUUGCUGGCAACAGUUGUAGAGCAUCUUGUUACCGGUGAAACAAUGCAAAUGACUACUUCAUCUGAUCAACGGUGUAGCAUGGAAUAUUAUAUGCAAAAAACAUACUACAAGACUGCUUCAUUGAUAUCAAAUAGCUGCAAGGCAAUUGCUCUUCUUGCUGGGCAAUCAGCAGAAGUUGCAAUGUUGGCUUUUGAGUUUGGAAAAAAUCUGGGACUGGCCUACCAAUUAAUAGAUGACGUUCUUGAUUUCACGGGCACAUCAGCUUCACUUGGAAAGGGAUCUUUAUCGGACAUACGGCAUGGAAUUGUAACGGCUCCUAUACUGUUUGCAAUGGAAGAAUUCCCCCAGUUGCGUGCAGUUAUUGAUCAGGGCUUUGAAAAUCCUUCAAACGUCGAUGUCGCCCUUGAAUACCUUGGCAAGAGUCGGGGAAUACAAAGGACGAGAGAGCUAGCGACAAACCAUGCCAACCUUGCUGCAGCUGCCAUCGAUGCUCUACCCAAAACUGACAAUGAAGAAGUAAGAAAGUCAAGACGGGCACUUUUAGAUCUAACUCAAAGAGUCAUCACAAGAAAUAAAUGAAAGAAUAUUAGUUAAAGAUGAGCAACACAUUGUACCAGAGUUUUUGGUUAAUUAUUUCAAUCAUUGUUGUUCCUUAAAGGCAAGGGACAAUCUUAACCUUUUGAAGUUCCCAUUUUAUUUCCUUGGAAUCAAAUUCUUUGUUAUACAAUGAGCCAUAUCUUGUAAAUUAUGGAUAUUGUGGAGUAUAUACAGAUAAAAAUAAUUUAUUGAUUC